AACGCAGGAAAAGACCAACCGCUCAUUUCGUAUCCUCUCUUAUCCUCUCACUUUCCCCACAGCCAAAUCAGUAGCUUCUCCACGGCCGGGAGACAUCUCGACGGCGAACGCCGCGACCUCGAUUUGCUACCAUGUCCGCGCAGGAGGGUCCUGGACAUCCCCGCAAGCUGGCUCAUCCGGCUGGUUGUCUUCCUCGGCGAGCGCGUCAUCUCCGUGGUCCUCCGCGCGCGGCGCUCGUCAGCAAACUGCUCACCAUCCCUGCGGCCAUGGCGUCCCUCGCCCAGCGCGGCGCUCGUAGGCCAGCUGCGCGCCGUCCCUAAGGCCGCAGCUUUCGUCGCCCGGCGAGGCGCUCGUGGGCGAGCUGCGGGCCCUCCCUCCUCGGCGGUCACCUUCGUGGCCAUGUUUGCCGCGUUCGUCGCCUCCCUGAGCUUCGUCCCACACGUACAAUAGCACGGCUGGCAAGGCUUGCUGUGGUACAAGGUACGUCAUCCAAUUACCCGAGUAGAUGGCUGCUGUUCUUCUAAUUUCUCAACCAAAUGCUACUUCUGUCCGUGUGAGGUAGGUGAGAAUGAGAUGCAAGUAUCUAUGUUUUUGGAUAAGAACCGUGCUUUUGGUCUGACUUGUUUAAAUUGUGCAUUUGAGCUUCCCGUCAAUCAACUAAUAUACUUACACGAUCUUAUAAACUCACAAGUAUGUGAUUAAACUAGGAGACGCCGUUACCCUGCUAAUGGUACAAAAUCCUGACUUAAUUAUCAAUUGGGUCUCAUAUCACCAAUGGCAACUAUGAGAUUGCUGACAUAGCAAAAUUCUCAAAUCUAUGCUUUUUUUAAAAGCAAAUGCAUCGCUCUCACUUAAUUAAGUUGUGCAUUCGAUCGAUAUGCACAGACUACAAGUUUUUAGUAAAGUAGCAAAAAAAGGAAAACAUGAGCAUCUCUAACAACGACGGCAGAUUAAGUUGGCUUCUGUUGUUGGAAGAAGACUUGAUUUUGGCCUGUCAGUGUGCCAACGGAUGGCUGCAGUGAUGCAUUUGAGGCUGGGCGCCCUAUCAUCAUACCAAUGGGUGAUUGCAGUGAGGCAUUUGAGGUUGGGUGUCCUGUCAUCGUGCCAAUGGGUGGUUGUACUAAGACAUUGGGGGCUGGGUGUCCAGUCAUCAUACCAACGGAUGACUGCAUUGAGGCUGGGUGUCCUAUCAUCGUGCCAAUGGAUGGCUGCACUGAGGCAUUCGGAGCUGGGUGUCCCCUCAUCGUACGAGCAGAUGGCAAUAGUAAGGCAUCUGGAGUGGAACGGAAAGGAGUGGAAUCUAUGUUGUUUUCCCAUUGCGAACAAGGUGGUUAAUAAUUUCAAUCUUCUGAGUACGCAUUAUCAACUAAUCAGAGGAUUGGGAGAAAACAGUUGGGUCAGAGAAAAAGGAAGAACGCAAUGGAAACAAGAUGGCUUACAUUUGGGGGAUCUGAUUCCUCAUUGGUUCCGGCAAGAAUUGGUGAAGAAGCCAUCAAGCUCCUCCAGCGAGUCCCUUUGUUGGAUCUGUGUUCGUAGAUAGAUUUGAUGAAGAAGCGUAUAGUUUGGUUUGUUUCGUACUCUUGUACGGGAAAAGUUCACCGCCAAUGCUUUUGGCGGGCAAGCCAUAUAUAUUUCCCUCCAAAUCUCUGUUCUGUUACGUUAAUUGCGUUGCCUAGAGAAAGUCCGGAGCGGCCGAUUUUAAUUAA